GCUCAUGCAAUUAUCACAAGCAUGCACCGAUCUUCUUCAAACAAUGAGCUUGAUUCCCUUACUUCACCUUAUGGACUAAAGAGUGGACUGGAAUCUCCUUGAUUGCGGGAACCAAUGAAUUACAUGAGCUUGUGCACCACUUAUUCCAAAUCCAAUGUUUAGCUGCCUGAAGACUGGGAAUACAUUUCCGACACAGUUGCAGGAUUUACAGAGGACACUGUGUGCGAUGAUGUGUGCGAUGCUUUUUAUGUUGAGCACUACAGCAUGAUCUUUUCAAACAACUUUUUUACGACUUUCACUAAGAUACAAGUUGUUCUUUUUUAUUUUUGCACAACAUCAUCACCAUACUACUACUACUACACCGAUUCCACCCAAUGAAUGUAAUUCCCGAAUUUUUACCCUUUUCAACCUGUAUCAUGAACAAGAACUAUACAAGAUGAUGCGUUUCCUUGUUGCAUCGCUGCCGCUUUUUGUUUUCUUGGGCGAUGAGGCGCUUGCUGCGGGUUUGUAUGAUGGAACGAGUUUCCCGUAUUCGACGACUUUCGGAUCGAUAAAUCAGGAGGAACCUCGAGUGCCUAACGUUGCUACCGCAUUGACUGCUCUAGAGGGUGAUGUCCGGCCACGAAGGCUUACAGGAUCGCCUAGUAGCCGUGCGCCGAUCAUUUACGUUGAAGUCAUUACUGAGUCUCUCCUGCCUCACGGACCAGAAGAACCAUGGGUAGAAGAUGUUCAUCGCGGACUAGGUCAAGUGGUCGAGGUCGACCAUCAGUUACAGCUGCUCGAGCAAGAUGUUGAGAGUAGCAGCUUCACUGUCGGAGGCGGCGGCGGAGUAGCACCGGACUUCGCUGGAGGCAUUGCUGUCGCCGAUAGGACUUGCAAGAUGUCGAUUAGGAGCUGGUGGAGCGAGGAGAGGGUUCUCGACACCUUACAGGACUAUGCGCUGCAAGCUGAGAGGACACGCGGGAUUCUAAGCGAUGUGGUGAUUGACAGCCAAAGCGAUUACGCAUUCCUCACACGGCCACACGAAGACGGUAUUUUUAGUGGAGGGUCCCACGAAAUACAGCCACUGCCACUGCGUGAUGAUGCUAUUGACGAAGAAGAGCCAGACGCAGACGACCGCUUCGAGGGCUCCUUAGGGUCAAGUGCUGCUGGGUCAGCUCCAGGCCCAGACGAUCCGGAUGAGGCAGAGUGCGAAGCGAUAAGAUGCGCGCAUGCACUUCCUUCUUCUUCUCGACGGCCAACGAGCGCCAUACCCUUACUGUCGAGUAAAAUGCUUGAAAAAUUGGAUGAUUCACUCAGAGAAGAUGAAGUGUCCGUCUCUGCUGCGUCCCGACGCCGAGACUCAACCAGUGGCUUCGGCUUGGAAGCACGUAGCGGAGAACGAGAAGGACAUGACAUCAUGAAAACCAGUGAGUGCACACCGGGCGACGCUGAAAACCCGAAUAUAGAAGCGCAUUUAUCGGAACAAGCAGGUUGCCUAAAUAGAAGAACGUACGACGCAAGCCCACACGCAUGGCGGUUUAAAUACUUGAUGCGCGAUCGGGUGCCUCUGGAGGCGCAAACAACAGACAGUCCCCUAGACCCGGGCGUGAACAAGCUUGUGCUGAUUGAGAGGUUCCCUGCUGGCGAAGAUGAGGCACCAGAGGACGAGCUUGUCUCGAACACAAGGCAUGAGCUGCUGGAAAUAGCAGGGGUCAGUCGCACUAGUCUUGCACACGCAGAGCGGCAGUCGCACUUCCACGACGGUCGAGUUUACAGGCGCCACCACUUUAUGACCAGGAUUUACAUUCAGAUCUUCAGGAUCAGGCACGGCCAGUAUUAUAAAAUGCUAUACUUGUGGUGAUGGCUCGACUUGUCUCUUCGUGUCACUGCGUAAUAUCUGAAGCUGUAUAGUCAGGUGGUUGAUGUUUUGGCACUGAUUAUGAUUUUACAGAGAUCACACAGACACACGGGCUCGAAUGUAGAAUUGGGCAAAUGCACACCUCUUGAGUGAUUUUCUAGCAGCGUGUUCUAGAUCAUUUAAGAUUCGCUCAUUGUCCCCCAACGAUGCUCCCGCUCUUUCAUACUCCUUCUUCCGGUCGAUAGCUUCUUGCGGGUACUUCCUGAACCACACAACAGUAUCUGGAGCGACUACUUCGAAAGCAUGCUGCGAAUUGUCCAAGCUUCUCACGAUUUGGGCACAGACCCUGAUCCUCCGCAGCGUCCUCCUGAUGUCGAAGGAAGCCACAAGGAAACUCGUGUUCGAGAGGGGAAUAUCGAAGACCUCAGAUUCCUUGGCCAAUGA